UAUGGCCAGCCGAGUCGACCACAUGAGUUCUUUACAUUUGUGUCUUUGCUGAUGAAAUAUUUAAACGUUUUUCAUUGUAUCGUAGAUGGUCAGCAUGAGUCAGGUGCAUUGACAAUUUUAAUCUCAAUUAAUAGGACAACGAGCGUUAAUUAAGAUAUGGGUACGGGUUUAUAAGAAAAAAUAUUGUUAUAUCACCAAGGAUAGAGUGCCAUGUGAAGGUUCUUUUGGAUUCGAAAUUGCAGUAUGAAAUAAUUCCUUGGAUCGGCACACCAUAGAAAGUCAUUUCACAUGAUCCAAUGGCUGCUAUAGAACUGAAUGACGAACAUGGUCUUGGAACCGACGGGACUCAUGAUGGAAAAGAAUUCUUUAAGUGCGUGCCUCACAAUACGAUAUUUACCGAUAUCAAGGAGUGUUACACGAUUCCUGUUAACGAACAAGAGAAAGAAACCACCGAUAACUAUGGAAAUAUAGAGAGCUCGGUUAUCGUCGGUACCGUAGGGCCUAUGUGUAUAAAAGGAAGCCUUGAGUCCAUAUGCGGGAAAUACCGGGGAAUUCAAGGCCACCAUAAUUCAUGUUAUCUUGAUGCAACGUUAUUUAGUAUGUUUGCAUUUACCAGCGUGUUUGAUAAUUUAUUGUUCAGGCCAUCGAACGAGAAUGAUUGUCCUGAAUACGAAGAGGUUCAAAAAGUACUCCGUGAGGAGAUAGUCAAUCCGCUACGAAAGAACAGAUUUGUGAGUGCAGACAGAGUUAUGAAGCUGAGAACGCUUCUGGAAAAUCUGUCAUCUAUUUCCGGCUUGACUAGCGAAGAAAAAGAUCCCGAAGAAUUCCUAACAUCCCUGGUGGCUCAGAUAUUAAAAGCCGAGCCAUUCUUGAAAUUAAGUUCUGGUCUGGACGCGUAUCAUUAUCAACUUUUUGUGGAAAAGGAUAAUCACUUAAAUCUACCUACUGUUCAGCAGCUACUGGAACAAAGUUUCUUCACUAGCAACAUUCUACUAAAAGAGGUCCCCUCGUGUCUCAUAAUUCUAAUGCCACGUUUUGGAAAAUCCUUUAAAAUGUACUCCAAGAUACAACCCACAUUGCUACUCGAUGUAACAGAUAUCAUCGAAGACUCACCGAGACAAUGUACGAAAUGUGGAAGGCUAGCGAAUCUGGAAUGCAAAGAGUGUUACGGUCAGUGCGGUAUAGGACUGGAGAGCAUCGCCUUUUGUUCACCAUGCCUGGAACAAAUGCAUCGUAACGAUCGAAGAACCAGUCAUCAACCAAAGAAGCUUACAGUACCACUGGAGUUUUCAAUCCUUCAAGAACACUGUCCAGUUCCUCGGUUGUAUUUAGAACUGACAGCUGUGGUCUGCAUCGAGACAUCUCAUUACGUCUCUUUCGUAAAAUGUGGGUCCGGUUCCGAAGCACCUUGGUGUUUCUUUGACUCCAUGGCGGAUAGGAAAGGAGAACAAAAUGGUUAUAACAUUCCGGAAAUGGUUCCUUGUCCAGACUUUCCAUAUUGGCUUAGUGAAGAAGGUGCAAGCUACCUUACGAAUCUAACCGAUGAUCGUCAUCUACCAGAACAUGCCAAACGACUGCUUUGCGACGCUUACAUGUGCAUGUAUCAAUCUCCGGAUGUAAUGAUGUACAAAUAAUUUUAACUAGUUAGGUAAGUUUGUGUUAAUACGCUUGCAUCUGAUUAACUCCUGUACAUACUUUAAAGAUGAAUUUGCAAGACGAUAAGAUGGGAAAAGUGCUAAACUUUAUAAGCAUUCGUGUUCUGGCACCCUGUGCAUAAUCAGCUUUUUUUAGGAACUCCUUCCUAAUCUAAAGCAAUUAUAAAGUUUAUUCACUUUUAAACGAAUCUUUUCAUUAAUCGAAAAAUCGCUUUUGUGCGUUCACGCGGCCACUCCUUUAAAAAAGCGACCUCAAUCGAUUCAUCGGUUCAGAAAUAUGUUCGCAAUGCUUGUAGAUCCGAGUCACUGUAAAUUACAAUACCGAUAAAUACUCUCACUACUUUGAUCAAAUUCCUUUUGUUAUAUAUCUGAAUAACAAUAUGUUCAUUUUCUAUGGUUGCUGUCUAAAUGUUUAAUGACUAUGUAUGUUACUUAGCAAAACAAAUCGUACUCAUCUCUGGGUACAUAUUUAAAUCUCCUGAAUAACAUCGUACAUAGCUCAAACAUUACUCAAAAGUCCAUUAUAACUAUUUAUUCUCCUAGGAUUGAAACAUAGACAGUCAGGUUGCCCUAUAAUUAAACUCUCUCCGCUUUCAUUCCGUUAUUAAUUAUCGAAGAACUUUUAUUAAGUGACGUGACUUUUAUUAAGUUCAAAUAAGUAUAAUAAUUUCUCUUCGACGGAAUCUUUUGAGGGAAAUGUUGAAAUUUCGAAGGAACAGCGAAGGAUAGAUCACUCUUACACAAUGUGUCGCGAAAUUCGACGAAAGCUUACAAUUUUACAUUAUUGAGAUCAAUUAAUAGAAUUAUUGAAUCUUGACAAGAUCACAAAUCGUAAAGCUUAGAUUCCAUUUAGACCUACUACGCAAACCAUUAAUACGGUCAACUAAAAGGAGACACUUUGAAUGUCACGAUAGAAUCAUCAUACACAAUACGAUAAUUAAUAUUUAGUAAAAUCGAAAGGAAUCUAUAUCACUAAUAUAUCUGCUCACUCAGUAGACUAACCGAAACGUAGACUUUGCCUUUACGGACAUAGUCUGUAUAUACAUCUACAUAGCUGUAUAUGAGCACUUUAAUUUUUAGUUAUUGACAGAGUGAAUUCCUAGUUAAUGUUAAGUAAAAAAAAAAUUACUUUCCGCGUACUGGAGCCUUCCACUCUUAACACUGUUGUAUAGCUCUGUGUCCAAUGAUGCAGGAAUAACUAAAUGUAAAUACUCAACGAGAUUUAAAGCUAUCCGUUAACUUAAA